AUGUCGCAAGACGCCGAAGAUGAGCUUCCUGCCGAGGAGCUGCUGGUCCAUGGCCGCGCAAAGAGAGCCACCGCCGGCAACCGCAUGCACUUUCUCAUGCAACAUCUCGAAGACGAAGAUGUCAGAAACGACCUCCUACAAGAAGACGAGACGGAUCAAGUCGACUACCAACUCUCCGACGCAGAGGAUGUUGCAUUUGGAUCCAGCGACGACUCGGACGACGAAGGCCAGGAUGAAGAGCUACAAGGAGAGAAAGAGCUGCAAAAGGCCGAACGUCAAGAAGCACGCAAGAAGAAGCGCAAGGCCAACGACUUUGCAAACAUGCCGCUCAAUCCCCUCAUGAAACGCCAGAGACUCGCCGCUACCAAUUCUCUGCUUGCUCCCCGACCGCGCAAAAAGUCCGAACGCAUCUCCUGGCUACCUACCUUGGACGAUGCCCCCACGCGACAGUCGCGCCGUCGUCAAACCGUCGCCAACAAGGAACAGACAGAGGCCAAGCUGAAGGAGAGCCAGAAGCGUUCGGAAAAGGCUCAUGAGCUGAUGAAGAUUGCUGCCGAGAAAAAGGCUGCUUCUGCCAUGCCUGCUCUGACCCAAGAGGAUCGCAUGAAGAGAGCGCUUAAGGUGGAGAAAGAGAAUAGCAGGACUCUCAAUCGCUGGGAGAAGGCCGAGGAGGAACGCCAGCUUGCUCAACAAAGGAGACUCGAAGCCUUGCGCGAUCGACAACUCGAAGGCCCUGUCUUUAGGUACUGGAGCGGUUCUGUCAUGUGGGAAGGAGAAAAGAUAAAAGUCAAGCGCGUCCACCAACCGAAGAUCGAAGCUGUCGUCGAAAGCAAACCAAAUCCCGUCCCUGAAAAACCAUCGACCGAGACACCUGCUGAGCCGAAUGCCACCAAGGCCGAUAAACCUCUCUCGAACAAUCCUCCUGAAGUCAAGUCUGCACCUGAGCGGGGAGUCCAGCAGACCAAAGACACUCCCAUGGUGGACGCUACAGCUGAGCCAGAAGCUGCUGCGGUAUCAAAUCACGAAGUAAAAGAGUCUGCAACUACAGAAAAAGACGAAGGGAUAUCGCCAAAAGCUACAGUCGGGUCACCAAUGGCAACUAUACCAGCUGCGAUGGACAAUAUAGAAACGAAUACGCCAAUCGCAAAUACACUAACUGCGACCGAUGAGAUGGCAGUUGAGUCGAAGCCAAAUCAGGACAAUGCAUCUGAGCAAAAGCCAGCUGAGCCGGAGACCCAGCCAGACGCUGCUGCUGAACAGAAACCACCAUCAUUUUUGGAUGGCAUUCAUUACUGGGCUUCACAAUCGCCAGAAGCCACUGCACAAAAGGACAAGGCCUCCUCGUUACAAAUCGUUACGCCAGUACCAGCUCCUGAAGGUCAAACAGGAGAGACAGCACCUCAAACACAACCUACACUACCAAAUGUGGCAGACCAGCUUCAUCCGGCAGCAGUAACCGACUCGGCUACACCGAAUAUCACACAAAACUCUACCUCACAACCAGCAGAAUCUGCACAACAAACAUCAACACCAUUCGACGUAUAUCCUCAAGUACCACCAUCGGAGACCGCACCUCAACCUCCACCAAUCCCUCUUAUCCGUGAACAAGCUCAGCGCACUCUCAUAAUUCUCGAAGCUUUCCCGGAACUAGAAGUCGCACCACCCGUAGCGCCUUCCAGCAAAAAGUCAACCGCCACAACUACCAUCAUCUCAUCUGUCCUCACCCCUGACGCCCUACCUUCACUCACUCCCCAAGAACAGAAAUACCUCACUUCCAAAUCCACAAAGAAGAAGGAAUUCUUGCCUCCCCCGCCACCCAGGCCUGUCUGUGCAAUCACAGCAAAACCAGCAAGAUUCAGAGAUCCAAAGACUGAGUUGCCAUAUCAGGGCCUGGACGCUUAUAAAGCGCUGCAGAGGGUUAGCGCAGGCGGAUGUAGAUGGGGAGGACAAGGCUGGGAUUGCUGGAUGGGGAUUGUAGGAUCAGGAGUUAUGGGGCGGGUUGCUAGAGGUGUUCCGGAGUGUUUUAUUACGGGCAAGGUUCCUGUUAAGAAGGAGGAGAAGGUCAAGACUGAGGAGGGAGGGAAGGAGGGUGUGACGCCUGCUGCUGCUGCCCCGAUGGCUCCUGUGGCUCCUGUUGUCGCUACUGCACCUGCAUCUGCACCUGUACCUGCAUCGGCUCCAGCGCCUCCUCCACCUGCUGCGAACACACAACCAGCAAACGCUCCAUGA